AUGCCGCAAGCUGCUCCAAGCAUCCUCCAGCCUGCCUAUGGAGCAGAUAAGUCGCCGAUGAGCGGCUACCAACUCUUGGCAGCCAAACUGGUUGGUGGCCUAGGGGGUCCGCCCGUCACACCCAUGUAUCGUCGCUUCGAGGCCCUCAACCACCGGCUCCUGCUCUACAUGCAAGCCGACCUGGUGGACCUGGAGAACGAACUUCGUACUCUGGACACGAAAGACACAAUGGAAAGGGGCUACGGGGUUGUUCCCGCCUCGCGCCGGCACGAACGUUGGGCCAACAGCGCUUUGGCACAGCAAAGGACGGAGAUUCUGGGCCAGAUUGGCUACAAGCUAUGCCAAUACAACAAGGUCAUGACUUCGUUUGUGAAAACCCACGACAUGCCGGCUCCAUCGCUGGCCGAGAUACACGAGUACAAAACUUAUCUCGGCAACAGCCGGCUAAUCGCGGACGAAGAAGCAAAGUUUCUCGAUCUGCCCGAGGAUCUGGUGUCUCUGGUGAGAGAAGAGCUGCCCAUUGCAGAGGAGCUCGUGGCGGACGUCGGUGGGACAACAGCCAUGGCCCCCCGCCUGGUCGAGGAGGCCGCCGUGCCGCCACCGAGCCGCAAGGAGCCAGAGUCGGAGGGAGGCCACAGUAGCGCGUCGAUCAAGCGACGUCCCGCGCAAGGCUAUGAUUCACCGGAGACGUUGCUCUCGACGUCGCUCUCGCAGCUUGCGCUUGCCAUGUUCGUGGCAGUCUUUGUGCCGGUCGUCACGUUUGCCAUCAUCCCGGACUUUGCAGGGCGCAUCACCGUCGUGGCGCUUGUCGGGGCCAGCGUUGGGACGGCGCUGACACAGUCUGGGCUUGUACGGUUGCUGGAUAGGGGGGCACUGGAUUGGAUUCUUUGUGCUGCAGCUUACGGGGCUACCAUGGCGGUUGUUGCUUGGAUUCUCGGGUAA